GCUUAUUCGUGAUCAGUGUGGUGUUUGAACAGUACUCCGAGUCGCUGCAAAGCUGUGUGGUUGAUUCGUUUGUCAAUUUAAAGAUGUCUUCAACUGGUGUGACUCCGAAGAAACAGAGGAAAUCGGAAGGAUCUGCAGAAACGGAAGAAGACAGGGACUAUGACAACGAGACACAAAAAGCAUUGGAGGAGAUAGACGCAUGUCAGAAUGAAAUCGAUGCUUUGAAUGAGAAAGCUAGCGAGGAAAUCCUGAAAGUUGAACAGAAGUACAACAAACUGCGAAAACCAUAUUUCGAGAAAAGGAAUGAAAUCAUCAAAAGGAUACCCAACUUUUGGGUAACUGCUUUUGUCAACCACCCUCAAAUUGCAGCAAUAUUGGAAGAAGAGGAGGAGGACUGUCUUCACUACCUUACAAAGUUGGAAGUUGAAGAAUUUGAAGACAUCAAAUCAGGUUACAGGAUAAAUUUUCAUUUUGAAGAGAAUCCCUACUUUGAAAAUGCUGUGCUCACCAAAGAAUUUCACUUGGGAACCACUGGGGAUCCAGCAUCACAGAGUACUCAGAUUAGGUGGAAAGAUGGCCAUGACUUAACAAAGAAAGCAAAAGAGAAGACUGCAGCCAAAGGAAGGAAAAGAGAUCUUGAUCAGAAAACGUUUUUCCAUUGGUUCAUAGAUCAUGGAGAUCCAGCUGCUGAUGACAUUGCGGAGGUUAUAAAGGAUGAUAUGUGGCCAAAUCCUUUGCAGUAUUACUUGGUUCCAGAUAUUGAAGUUGAAAACGGUGUUGAGGGUGAAGAUGGCAGUAUGUAUGCUGCUGCUAGUGAAGAUGAAGGAGAUGACUCUGUGGUUGUUGUGGAAGACAUGGAAGAAGAAGAUGAGGAAGCAGAGGCAGAAGGUGAGGGAGAUGAUGAUUGCGAUGUUUUGGUGGAAGAGGAAGAGGAAGAUGAUGAAGAUGAUGAUGAUGAUGAAGAGGAAACUGAAGAAGUGGGUGAGGAAGAGGAGGUUGAAGGUGGCGAUGAGUGAGCGUUUUACGGGUUUCAGUGACUGAAAGUGUGUACUGAAAAUCAGUGAUGGACAAUUGUGGAGGAUUCCAAACCAGCACAGUCCCUGGCAGUGAGGCAUUAAUGUGUAAUAACAAUUGUAAAUUAUUAUUAAAAACUGAAGUGAUCGGACAUAAUGUGAAAGAUGCGCUGCUGUAGUAGUCAUUUUCUUGACGUGAGUGAGUGACUGAUCUUAAAUAAUGCUCAUAAACUUAAUGUUGGGUGUACUGAUCCUGCAUUUUAUGUUGUAGAGAUAUAUUUUAAACUGUUUGUGUGCCACGCCUCUUUGCAACUGCCUGAUAUAUCACAAUUUUAAUUUAUAACCUGUUUUAUAAAAUCAGACCAUCGUGCUGCAGAAAAUGGCACCUACAUGAUCAAUGAAAAGGUAGAGGUAAGGGGCACAUUUUGCAUGCCAGAUGGAAAUGUUGUCAGACAGUCUCUCACUACCAUUCUCCUCAGUCCCCACCCUCCACCCACUUUUCCACCUACCAACUGUUGUUUGUUCAUUAGUUGUCACUGUGGUCUUACUUAAUACUAUUGUUUAUCCCUUCCUCCCUCCCCACCAUCCCUUGCCCCCUUGUCUAUGUUAAAUUUUUGUUGGUGAAUGAAAAAAUAAUUGUGGAAAUAUAGUAUAAUGUUAAUAUAUUAUUUUCGCCUAAAAUAACAGUUCAGUAAUAUAUUAUGUUUGAAAUUAGUUCUACAGAUCAUGGUGUUUUAUUUUGUUUGAAGUAAGUAUUAUGAACAUGUUGUUCAGUCACUGAAAAUGUGUUCUGACAGUAGAUUCAAGAGUUUAUUUAUCCGCCCACCACCACUGAAACUUACCAAGAGUAAAAUUUGACUGUUCAUGUUGUUUUUGUACUUGAUUUUGUCCAAUUAAUGGUUUUAUCCCCAUUUAUUAAAGAUGAAAGGUAAUAUUAUUACCAUUCCACUAUUUUUAUUGUCAAAUGUGUUUUUUGGCAAGUAGAUAAAAUUUAGGAUAGUUCCAAUAUUUUCCAUUAAAACAUAUGUUGGACACUACCUAUUUUCCAACUGUUCUCAUUUAGAUACUUCAAUCCAGAUUAAUUUUCUAUUCUUUCUCCUUUAAAUUUACUCAUAUUUUUGGUACUUUGAAAAACAAAUAUGACAACGAAAGCAAUCAAUUAUUGAUAACAUUAUUUAACUGGAUAGCCCUGAAAGCUCUUCAAUCACAACAGUCGUUUAUGUGUGUGUGUUCUGCCGCUGCUUGAAAAAGAAAUGGUGUUCUAUCAUCUAUUUUUAAUUUUUUACAUUUCUGUGGUCCCAUAAGGACCCGUUCUAAUGGAUUUAUUUUGUGGAGAUCAGUUACUUGCAAAGAAGUGAAGUGUAUAAAUUCCACACCUGUGGAAGGCGUUUCUGCCUUUUGUGUAACUUUCUUCCCUCUUAGUGACUUUGCAAAACAUACAAUGUUUUGCCAUCCAUUUUUUUAAUUUUUUACACUUCUGUGGUCCCAUAUAAUUCAUUCUUAAUGAAUUUAUUUGGUGGCUAUCAGUUACUUGCAAAGAAGUAAAAUGGUUUUCACUCCACAUUUGUGGCAAGUGUCUAGCUUUUGAAAAUAAUGCUUCAUAGCGUUUGAUGGGAAACAUUUUUCACACUGUUCUAAUAUAUUACAGGGUUGGUUUUCACUAUACUUUUUUAUUUAAAAUACAUUAAAAUUGUGUAUAUUCAUUACCUAAAUCCUCUCUGAAAGCACAACAUCUUUUUCCUCACUUUCCUUGUAUUUAAAGCAGUAUAAUUUUAAGCUUUCUACUGUUCUUUGUAGAAAACUUGCAUGGUUAGAUAAACUAUAGCCAAUGUUUUGUGCCAUGCAUUUGUUUUUCAGAUGCGGUGUGUGGCAUUAAAACUGAUUUCCAAGGAUACUUUGUUUUAAAUUUUAUUUCUAAAAAGAAUAGCAAACUUAAAAAGCUGUUAUAGUUGUUCUUCUACCCUUAUCAUUAAUGAAGUGUUUUGUAUUUAGGAUUCCAUCACAAUCCCCAUGACUUCAAAAGGGAGUCAGGUUGCUAUGAACAUACACAACUAAUAGUCUUUGUAAUUGUUGUAGUUAUAUUGAUUUUUCACCGUAAGAUGGUUGCCAUUGAAAACAUUUGUCUUAAACUUUCACAAAAGUAAUCAGUUUGUUACUAAAAAUCUGUAAAUGUUUACAUAAUUUUAUAAAAUUUGUUAGUAUCAUAUGGAAGUAUACUGCACAGUGAGUUACCAACAACUAUAAACACACUGGCUUCACAUCACUUCUCUUCAACAGUAAACAUGUUAAAAGAUUAUAUUGACAAGUGCCAUUUUGGUACUGCUACAGUAUUGUUAAACUUUCAGGUUCUCAAUUAGUUGAGACAUUUGGAUUUGUUCUCUUGUGGAUUUUUCUCCCCUGUGUGAAUAUGUGGUGGUUUUAAUUUUUUGCCGUUGCAGUUGUUCCUUGAUUUUGUUUGAAGAAUAGCAACUUAACAUGGUUAAGGAUAACAAUUUGUGAUGAAACUACUUUCUUGUAAGUUCCCAUAUUGUUAUGAUUGAUGUUUAUUUGGAAGUGAAUAGGCAAAUGUGCUUUAUGGUAGAAGGAAAAGAAGAGCAUGUGCAAAAUGUUUCCAUUAUGUUGAGCAUUUACAUUCUGUUAAAAGUGAAGUUACAGAUAUUGCUGCCAAAGUAUUAUAUGUAUUCUUUAUCUGAGCAUUAAGUUUACUCUUCACAUUUGUGAAGAUUGAAACUGUGGAAGGCCUGUGAAAUGACAAACAUGGUAAUAACUUUCACUGUUGAAGUACAUUCCUCUGAAAGGUUGAAAAGAAAUUUGUGGCAUUUCAGAAGUACUACAUUUCUCCAAAUUCAGAUGCAGAGGUAGCCAUCUGUACUUUAGUUGCUAUCAGUUUCAGGAAAUUUAUUAACUGUAUUUUUAAAUAAAUAAUUUUGAUACCCUAUAAUAAUAGUAAAUGUUGAAAUCAGUGUUCCCAAAAGAUGUAGUAACUGUAAGGUAUUGAAGAUAUUAGGUAAUAGUCUAGUUGUAAUUUUCUGCAUAGUGAGUUCAUGAGUUCUGUAAAUCUGUUCUGUAUGCACAAUGUAAAAUAUGAUAUACAGAUUUUUUAAGAAAAAGAAAAUCAAAAUGUACUGUGUACCUUCACUUUAUUUUGGAAUGCUUUAUUUGACUCACUAAUAAGUUGUUUAUGUAUAAAAACUAUCCAUGAGCAGAAUGGAAAAAUGUAACUUAUUUAUUUUUUA